UUCUAUACCCAGUUCUAUUUAAUAUAAAGCAACUUUACUAGUCUAUACUCUCAUUACUUAAUAUUGACUAUUAAAAAGUCCCCGCUCGCCCUAAUCAUAAUCACUGAUACCAGAGUGUCCACGUAUGCUUCACAGUUAAAAUGAUUUAAACUCUUUGAAGUAAUUUCCCGCGGUCUGUCACCCUAAUCAACAUAUGUUGACAUUGUACACCAGUCUAAUUCAGCUAUACUACAAUUACACCUCAUUUUCGGCGAAAUGGCGAGCAAACAGUUGAUCAACUCUGUUGACACUACCGUCGAAGAAACAUUGGCGGGACUUUGUUGUGCAUAUCCGCAGUUGGAAUAUCAUCCGUCAAAGAGAGUUGUUCUUGCGGCAAAUUAUAAAAAUCGCAAAAACAAAGUAUCAAUAAUUUGCGGUGGAGGUAGUGGACAUGAACCAUUUGCUGCAGGAUUUGUGGGUGCAGGGAUGCUGACCGCUUCAAUAGCUGGCUCAGUAUUUGCAGCCCCGCCUCCAAACAAUAUUCUUCACGCUUUAAAUUGCGUUUCCAAUGAUGCCGGUACUCUGGUUGUGAUACCAAAUUACACUGGUGAUUGUUUGAACUUCGGAAUCACGAUCGAAAAAGCGAGACAGAAAAAUCUUAAGAUUGCAGAAAUAAUUGUUGGAGACGAUUGUAGUAUUCCUGCAUCAGAUCAAGGCCGCGCUGGAAAACGAGGGCUAGUUGGUCUUUUAUUUGUUAUAAAGAUAACUGGAGCAAUGGCUGAACGAGGAAAUAGUAUCGAUGAAAUAUUAUACCAUGCUAAAGUAGUUGCGGAUUGUAUAGCAACUUAUGGAGUUGGUUUACGUUCAUGUUCUUUACCUGGCCAAGGACUAAUGAUGGAGAUGCCAGCGGAUGAAAUAGAAAUAGGGCUCGGUAUCCACGGAGAAGCAGGAUACCAUAGAAUAAAAAUAAAAAGUGCAUCUGAAGUAAUCACCAUUUUACUAGAAACAAUAUCUGAAACAUUGUCAUUAAAUACUGGCGAUUCAGUAGCAGUUCUAGUGAACAAUUUUGGCGGUACGAGUCAACUAGAACAGGGAAUUGUUAUUAAUGAAAUAGUCACACAAUUGAGAAAUAAAAAUAUAAAUGUGUGUAGAGUUUACUCUGGAGUACUGAUGACAUCGUUAGACAGUGCGGGAGUUCAUGUAUCUGUUCUAAAACUACCAGAAGAAUUUAAAAAAAUAUACCUCGACUGUCUCGACGACAAAACAGACGCACCCUGCUGGCCAGGAUGUGCUUACACUCUACCUACACUAGAUUGUAAUAAUAAAUUCGUUGACAAUAAAGUACCCGGCGUUGAAAGGACUACAAGUCUACCUAAGAACUUAAUUGGUCCAAAAAUAAGCGAUCGAAACGCUAAUAUUUUGAAGGAAUGUUUACUGAAUGCAUGUAAAGCGAUCAUUAACAAUGAGGAGACACUCAACACAUUGGACCGUGGCUGUGGUGAUGGCGAUUGCGGAUCCACACAUAAAAAAUUAGCUGACAGUAUUGUAAAAUCGCUGGAUACUCUAAGUACGACGCACCCCGUAUCAUUGCUGACUGAAUUGUCUGAAAUAGCUGAGGACUGCAUGGGAGGUACUUCAGGAGCUGUUUACAGCUUGAUAUUCACAACAGCAGCUUCAGCGUUACCAAAUACAGAAAUUAAAGCUGUUGAUUGGGGGCGAGCUUGGAAGUCUGCCAUUAACGGUGUUACCAAGUACAGCAAAGCACAGCCAGGCGACAGAACAAUGUUGGACGCACUAGAUCCCGCUUGCAUGGCAUUCAACGAACAGCUAAAUCAUGCAGAGUUUAACUUCGUUAUUAAAAAAACAGUUGAUGCGGCGAAAUUGGGGUGCAAUUUAACUAAACAAAUGAUUCCUAAAGCUGGACGUGCUGCAUAUGUAAAGCAGUCGAAAUUUUUAAACGACGUUGAUGCAGGAGCAUUUGGAGUUGUUAUUUGGAUUAGUGCGAUAGCUGAAAUUUUGAUGAAAGGAUAAACAAAUUCAAUUAGUAAAGAUUGAAGACAUAAGUGGAUGAAUGUCUUGUUAAAAAUUUGAAAUAUUUCAAUUAAUUAUUGAGGUUUAAAAAAACACAAAGUUAAAAAAUAAGACAUAACAUUUCCACCCACUUAUAUUUUCAAUGAAUAACCAAAAAUUGUUAAAAUUAAAAUAGAAUGUAAGAAUGUACGAACAAGCAUUUAGAUAUAUAAAAUCUUUGGUACAUUAAUUUUAAUAACGCGUGGACCAAUAUUUUUAUAUCAAUAUAAGUAAUUGUUGUUGUAUUAAUAAAGUCAUAUUUCAAUAUAUUAAAAAAGAA